AUGGAGCUUUUCAAAGGUCUAAAUUUCCGCCAUCGAGCUCGCGCCGGCGCCAAUAAUGGUCCACACGAUGAAGAAGACGUGGACCAGGGAAAUAUACCGUUCCAGAGCCAACAACGCCAGCGCCAGCCACGGCUUGAGCCCAAAAAAGGGGGCGGUCAGGGCAACACACCCGCAGCGCUCAAGGAGCCCCCUGAAGACAUCAAGCAAAGCAUCUCAGCGGUAAAGACAUUCCUUGCGGCCCGCAUGGCUAUGAGAUGCCACUCCUGCGAAGCAAAUAUCACCGAGGGCUUCUGCGUUAGAGACUGGACACAGGAUGCUAGAGGAAUCGGGUAUGCAGAUGGCAGCAUGAGCCAGCAUAACCCUUUCGCGGCGCUCUUCUAUGACGGACCCGGACCGCCUCCAGGAUCCUUGCAUACACCGCUUCAGUUCCAAGGCGCAGACAAAAAGACAGACGAGUUUGUGGGCAAGGUGUUUGAUUUUGUCAGCGAGCUGAUUCCAGGGCCUGCGAAUAAGAACCUGCCUCCCGAGCUUCAUGGAAUGUUGCGGCUUGGUCUACUCUUGGACAAAGUUGCAGAAUUGCUCCGAAAUGACUCUCUGGACGAUGUGACAAAGCGCGCCCACGUAUAUAGCAAUGUCUUCGACCUUGUUGGAAAGCUGGCUUCGCAUCCAGAAUUAGUUGAUCUAGUUCGAGACGCUCGAUACCAUAAACAGCAAACUCCUGGCCUUGAAGCCCUCUCUGCCGCGUCGAACUCAUCGCACAGUGGUUCCCCGCUUGUGCUUGGUGAAAAAAUUGCCUCCGUGAGAGAGAGAUUGAAGCAACUGGCCCGGCAAAGCGCUAUUGUCCUUGAAGCUUCUGGAUGUCAGGAUCUCACUACUAGGAGUGGGGAGAAUCUGCUUGACUGCUGUGAGAGAGUCGUUGCCAUAUAUACCAUAAUAGCAGAAGAUGAAUCCCCUUUGGAGGAAGCCAGACGGAAUUCAUCAGCAACUCCUCAAGAGAAGUGGGAAGCGUUUCACCAGAAACAUGGAGUUUCUCGAGAUGAGGCUGUUUUUGAGCAGAGCCAUGCAUACUACCAUAGAGCUCUAGCCAUGAUGCACUCGGGCCCUGGGCGAAUCAAGCGUAUGGUUACGGAGGUGGCUAACAUGUCAACUUCCUUGCCUAUAGGAAUAUUCGUCAAAGUGAGUGAAAGUCGGCCUGAUAUGAUGAGAUGUCUGAUAAUGGGGCCACCUGAUAGCCCGUAUGGAUAUGCACUUUUCGAAACAGCCUUUGGUAGCAUUAUAAACCCAAAUCUUCAUCCUGAUGGGAAAGUCUGCCUCUCCCUCCUUGGAACAUGGCAUGAUGGCGAUGCUGCAGCGCAAUGGCAACCAGGAAAAUCAACAAUUUUAUCAGUCUUGAUAAGUAUCCAGGCUAUGAUUUUCACGGAGGACCCCUGGCGCAACGAGCCGGCUUUCACCAGCGCCGUGGGCACAAUAGCGGAUAUGCAGGCGCGUAAAUACGUGGAGAAGAUUCACCCACGAGUAAUCACAGCGGGGAUGCUACACUGGCUUUUUAAACCCGGACAGCGACAUGGAAUCUGGGAAAAGGAGGUCCGAGCUCAUUUCCGAUAUAACGGAGCAAAAAUGAUUGCAAAUGUCGAGAAAUGGGCCAUAGCAAAUCCAGCGCUUAAAUCACAGGGCCUGGUACAGGAGUUAAAACGAGGGCUAGAAGAUAUCAGCCGCCGUUAG